AUGAUUGCUGCAGGAAAGUUGCAACGGAGAUUCUGUGUUGACUGUGGUUCCAGAAAUAUCAAGGAUUUAAACUUUAUAAGUCACAGCCUAGCGCACUGUCAGCUAGAGUUCAUCUUCACCCAGCUUGUUCCUCUGAAAUCACAACCGGAAGGAUUUCGUGUCUUAGAUAUCGGUUCUCGUCUAGGAGCAGUCAUAUAUGCAGCCUCCUUUUGCGGGAAGGUAUCGGUAACCGGAGUGGAGCUUAAUGAGGAGCUGGUUAAGCUUCAAGAGGAGGUGAUCAGUAAUUUCAACCUGCAGAACAUAGAUGUCAUCUGUGCAGAUGUUCGAACACAGCCGGAUCUGAUUAGCCGUGCUGAUCUUAUCAUUAUGAACAAUGUGUUCUCCUUUUUCAUGGAAGCUGACGAACAGGCGGCCUGUUUUGAGUUUGUACAUCAGCAUGCCAAGAAAGGGUGCCUCCUAAUUCACAAUCCUGAGAUAGAGACGGUGCUAGCUCAUCUAAAGCUGUCUUUCACAGUCGAGCAGUGGCUCGAGAGGAUUCCAACGGAUGAUGAUUGUGAGAUGUUUGCGAAUGGAGACAAGGACGUCUUGUCGGAUUGUGCAACGCUGGGUUUCUACCGCGUUCGUUAG